UCUGGCCGUUCUUCCAGCUGAUAGCUCGGCUGCUCACCAUGGUAGCCCACCUCAAGAUACCAUAACACAGUGGAAAGACCCUUAGCGAUUAUCGCAUUAGCUUGCCUUUAUUUAUUUCUGUGUUUGCGGCUAAAAAUGACACAUCUCGUCCCGAGUACAGCGGACGUCACUACAGGCUGACCCGAUAAAGCGAGACGUUUUUUGGUGUGGAAUUGCGGGCUAUAUAACGUAUUGGCAGGGUCUAGUAUAGCAAAGCCACUGCUGUCCUUCUGCCGUCUACUUGCUCUCAGAUGAAGCUAACGGGCUAGCCUUGCUACGGAGCGCCGUCUUGACACAUGAUACGGACGCCCUUUGCGGAGGCACCCCGUUACUCGCAAGGCGAGACAUUGGAUCAGCAGAAAUAACCCUCCUAUUAAACUAUGAUCAUCGACAAACAAGAGGCCGACCGGCUGAUCGAGAAGGCGAAGCUGUGCCUGCGGUCCGGACGCAAAGAGAAGGCUCUCCAGCUGCUCUACGAAGCCCAGAAGAUCUACCCCAGCACCAGGGCCAGAGUGCUAAUUGAUGCCAUCUUGAGGAACGGCUUCACUGGAUCUCCUCCAGAAGACCAGGUUCCUCCCCCGUCCGGCUGGCGGGACCAGGACUUUGGGACUAGAGAUGGAGAGGGAGGAGGAGGAGGUGGAGGAGGAGUAAGCGGGGACGAGAAGAAGAGUUACACCGAGGAGCAGCGCCAAGGUGUUCACAGGAUAAAGAAUUGUAGGGACUUCUAUGAGAUCCUGGGCAUUGCCAAGACUGCCAGUGAUGAAGACCUGAAGAAGGCCUACAGGAAGCUGGCACUGAAGUUUCACCCGGACAAGAACUGUGCCCCCGGAGCCACAGACGCAUUCAAAGCAAUCGGGAACGCGUACGCCGUUCUGAGUAACCCGGAGAAGCGGCAGCAGUACAACCAGUACGGCGAGCAGCCCCACCCGGGCGCCAGCCCCCCGACGCAGACCGCCCAGGCCCGCAACGCCCGCUACCGCAGCUUCAACCGGGACUUUGAGGCCGACAUCAGCCCCGAGGAGCUCUUCAACAUCUUCUUCGGUGGGAGGUUCCCUACAGGAAACAUCCAUGUCUACACCAAUCAGGGUGCUUCCUACUCCCAGUUCUACCAGCCGCGCCGUCGGCGGGCCUUCGAAAGGCGGGAAGAGGAGCCGGAUGCGAACGCCAGCCAGAACACGUUCACAGCGUUCCUGCAGCUGCUCCCAGUGUUGGUGUUGAUCCUCAUCUCCGUGUUCACCCAGAUGAUGGCCACGAACCCCCCUUACAGCCUCUUCUACAAGCCGGCGAUGGGCCUGGUGGUGUCAAGGGAGACCCAGCACAUGGGCGUGCCAUACUACGUUGACAAGAGCUUUGAGAAGGAGUACCGGGGAGAGUCCCUGGACGAGCUGGAGAAGACCAUCGAGAGCGACUACAUCGACCACCUGCAGACCAGCUGCUGGAAAGAGAAGCAGCAGAAGUCAGACCUGGCCAACCUGGGCCAGCUGUACAGAGACGACCGGCUCAAGCAGAAAGCGGAGUCCAUGCGCCUGGACAACUGUGAGAAGCUCAACCGCUUCAUCGGACGGCAGAGGGGCGAUUAAAGUCGGUGGAACAAGAAAAAAAACAAGAACAAGGACGGCUUCAUUUGUCAGGUUCGUCUUGGGAGUAGGAAAGUCUUUUUUUUUUGUUUUAUUUAAAGAAUCAAAAGGACUGGAGAAGAAAGUCGGAUUUACGAGAAAUGAUACGGAUGAAUGAUGGAUUUUUGAGAAAGCGUUUUUGGUUUGGUCGGCCAUGUUGGCAGACAGCUGGUGUUUUCCUUUUCCAGUUUGAGGGAAGAGAAGUGUCUGGCAGCCUUGGGGGGAUUUGAAGGGGAGGAAAAAGGGGGAAACACUCGCUGGUGGCAACAGCGGUACACUGUAGGCUUUGUACUUUCUUAUAUUAAGGAUCUCUUAGGGGCUGAAAUGUCCGGAAUGUUCUGGGGCUUUUUUCCACACGAUCAUGUCCGUGUCCCUUAACGGUAGUUCUUCUAACCAACUGACAUAAUAUCCAGAUUUAUUUAUUUAUUUAACUUAUUUUAUUGUAGUCCUGUGAUUGAGCUAAUUUAAAAGAAGUAGUGUUUCAUAUAUAUCGUGUAUGAAGUAACAUAAAAUUGCCACUACUGUGACUGUUGAUUCUGUACUAUACCAAUGCAGAACUUGUACUUGUUAACAUGAAAUUAGCUUGACAAGUAUAAAUAAUUUCCCCUGGUUUCUUUCAUGUAUUAGGACCGUGUAGUUGAAAAGGUAGCGAACAUAGCAUAAUUUAAACAAACACAUUAUAUCAUGUGUUUGUUUAUUUUUACGCUAACAUAUUAAUAUAUUGUUCUUGGUUAAAAGGCUUGCACCUUCCAAAAAAAAAUACUAAUGUAUAAGCUGUUGUUUUGUCACCCCAUGAUACAUUAUAUGUCAUCCUUAAUAUGUUCACUUUUUGUUAAGAUUUAACCAUUCAACGUUCUACUGUAAAGGGUUAGCCAAAAUUAUACGUUUUCUCAUGUUUCGCUAAUGGUAUAAAUGUAACGAUUCUUAAAAGAUGUCUACUGUAGCUUGGUUGUCACAAGCAGGUACUAAAUUUUGUCCCAUCUCACUGUUUAAUUUGGGAGAUCUGACUUUCCGGAAACUCCUGAUAGUCAUGCAUGUUCACACUUCAACAAGGAUAGAAAAAUUCUUUCUCUGAAAAAAUGACUGGAAUGCGGCACCAAGUUCAACAACAACACAGGAAUAUUCCACGAUCGAUCUGCGUUUCUACAUACAAGAAAGAUAUUUUCCUUUGAGUAGGAAUCCUCAAAGACUUUUCUAUAGCCUCUCCACUAGCCUCUUAACCUGGACAACCUGUACAGUGGCAUGACCUCCACAUGACCCGGACUGUUCCCUGUGCUUCCACCCCAUCCUGACGUUCUGCAAACAUGUCUUAAUUUAAAAAACGUAACCUCAUAUUCAACUAGACUCUCUGACGUUCUGUCACACAUGUCAUUAUGAUGCAGUCAGGCUGUUUCUUGACCAGGUUCAUCUCGAUGCACCCGAAUGUCCUUUCACCCUACCUUUGCUCUACCCUAGUGAACUCCCCCCCACAUACACACACACACACACGCACGCACGCACGCACGCACGCACGCACGCACGCACGCACGCACGCACGCACGCACGCACGCACGCACACACACACACACACACACACACACACACACACACACACACACACACACACACACACACACACACACAUUUCCUGUAACCCAGUGAGUGCGUGACCGUUCACGCUCUUCCUCCUUAAGGUUUCACCCCCUCUGCUGCAUGCCCCCCAGUAGGCAGGCCCCAGCGAUGUCUUUCAUUAAUAUACUCUUUACCUGAACAACCUGUUCCCUUCUGACCCUCGCUGUUUCACACAUUCAAAUAACCUGGACAGUAUUUGUGUGACAUAUACACAUUGCUUUAAGGCAGAAUGAUCAGCAACCAAAACUAAAAUUUCAUUUUUCACAUGCAUUAGCAAAUUAUUAUUAUUAGUUCACUUUUUAGAAAGAUAAUUACGAUACUGAAGAAUUCGUUUUUUAAAAUGAAGUAUAUCAAACAAUAUUUCAAAUGAAAAUUGUGUUUAAAUUGAUUUCGGCCUGUCUAUCAAAUAGAUUUAAUGAAUGGAAUUCUAGCCUUUUGGCUGCUUAUUAUUGAUCCAGCCAGUGGUUUGAAAGGAAACAGCUGUAUACAGGUAUGUAUACAGCUACAGGUGUGUGUACAGGUGUAUACAAGUACAGGUGUACACAGGUGUGUAUGCAAGUGUUAGUACAGGUGUGUAUACAGGGAUGUAUACUGGUGUGUGUAUAGGUACAGGUGUGUGUACAGGUUUAUACAGGUAAAGGUGUGUAUACAGGUGUAUAUACAGGUAUAGGUGUGUGUAUACAGGUUUAGGUCUAUGUACAGCUGUAUACAGGUAAGGGUGUGUGUGCAGGUGAAUCGUGCUGACACCUGUUGGUAUGUGUUGUUUGUAUGAAGCACAAUAUCAGGCUGGUUUAUUAAAUUCUUCUUUGACAGUUA